AUGUUGAACUUGGAUAGGCCUAUAAAACGUGGAAUCAACACGAACUUUGAGAAGACGGAAAACGUGUGGGAACACACUUUUUUAAAGGAGCUUGAAAUUGAUCCAUCCGAACAUGAUGUGAUCAUUACUGAGGCUGCUAAUAGCCAUCGACAGCAGACAGAAAAGAUGGUUAAAUUAAUGUUGGAGAAGUUUGAAUUCCGUUCUGUACUUGUGGCUAGGCCACUUGUCCUAUCCAUGUACUCUGUUAAUCGUCUAACAAGUGUUGCUGUGGAAAUUGGGGAAAGUUUGACUCAAAUUCUCCCGGUUUCUAAUGGCAUUUCUAUACACAAGUCGAAGAAAUAG